GCAUGUAUCUUUGUGAAAGACGGACGGCUGAUGAAGACAUUUUAAAAUAUACACAUAGCUAACUGCUAACUGGGCUCGCGAAGGUGCGAGCGCACUGCGCCAAAAGACGUUCACAUUAUUCCAAGUUGUAAAGAAGUAAGGUACAUUUAGGAGCACAUUGUCAAUGUAUCGUCAAUCAAAAGAGGCAACAAAAUACCGAAGAUGUUGAUCAAUCCGACUCUGGGAAAAGAAUAAUAAAACUAACCCCGCGCAGGUGAGCUCCUGUCCAGGCACAUUGGUCCAUGUUUGUUGGACCUUUGGGCUCUGGGCUCAUUUAGCAUGAAGAUGGCUGACUCGGACAAGGCCGAGGAAUUUGUGGAUGCAGAGUGCCUUGAUGAGGCACUAUCAGCGACCGGCUCUGUUCAGGACGAGCAUCUAAAAUCAGAGGCCACCACCAGUACCAGCUCACCGCCGAGGGACAAGGAGGCAGACAGCCCCUUGAAUACGGAGGGUGAGCAGAGUCUCCUCUCGAUGCCGUGCCUCAUGAAGGAGCUCCGCCGAGACUCCCCAGAGUCCCAGCAUGCCUCCACGGGGAGCGACAAGCCAGUGUCUGGUCAUAUCUAUGAAAGUGACUCCUCAAACAACUGCAUGCUCUCGCCGUCAUCCAGUGGCCACCUCGCUGACUCAGACACACUCUCCUCGGGGGAAGACGGCGCUGCUCCUCCCAACCGUAAAGAGGAAGAGGGCAGCAUGGAAGCUGCGAAUGAUUGUGGGCAGACGUCAGGAAGGCAAUCGUCGUCUACAGGUGGGAGGAAGUCCCGGCGGUCACGCUCAGAGAGCGAGACGACGCCUAAUGCAAUGGCCGCAAAGAAAAAUCGCUGCCAGCCCGCCUUGGUAGCAGCCGGAGGGCAAGAAAAACAAACCAACGGCAAGCUGGCAAAGGUGAAAGGUCACCGUAGCCAGAAACACAAGGAGAGGAUGCGUUUGCUGCGGCAAAAGCGUGAGGCAGCGGCGCGGAAGAAGUAUAACCUGCUGCAGGACAGCAGUACGAGUGACAGCGAGCUGACGUGCGACUCCAGCACCAGCUCCUCUGAGGACGAGGAUGACGACACUUCAGGGGGCAGCAAGACAAUCAAGACGGAUAUUUCAGCUGGCUUCAGACGUGCAUCGGAGAGAUCCAGAGUGGGCGCCCAGAUUCAUGGGCUGCUGGACACCAGCUCGUGGGACAGGAACGGCAUCGGCAGUGUUCUGGAGGAGGCCAUGACGCGAUUUGCUGUGAUGCAGCGUCAGACUGAGGAGCGCUUCCGCGUCUGGAUGGAAAAGCUCGCACACCUCGACUCGGACAACGACUCGUCCAAACGCUCAAGUGACGCCCCGGAGGGGCCGCAGCAGCAGCGCCCCUCCCAGGGGAGGCGCCCGUCCAGUUCCUUUUUGCCGUCGUCAGAGUCUUCGGAGACUAUGGCUGCCUACGUGUUGGCGCGGGAGAACAACAGCCUCCCCUCCACCCCCAUAAACAACAACAACAACAUCACCCUCCCCGAAGCGGUCACUCAGAAUGGAAAUCUAGCUGCUCCGGACCCUGGUCUCUUGAAUGUUUAGGUUUCACUUGCAAAGCGCAAGAGUAGAGCUAGUUGACGCAGAGUAGCACGGCGAUGGGUAUUAAUAGGUUAGCGAUGUGAGGCCCCUGAACGGAUACGCCAUCGACAGCAGCUGGGCCUGCGCCGGCCUCGGGACCGUGACUCCGUGCCGACCGGAGGCCCGGCGUGUCUCCCGCCACUCAAUCACUGUGAGAUUUGACAUUCAGAAUAAUUCAGCUCCUGCAGCAUGUGUGCCACGGCCACGGGGGGAGAGGGGGGGGGGUGGGGGGGGGCACACGUCUCAGCAGCCCGUCCAGUCAGGGCUCUCAUCCAUCCGCGCGUCACGCGGCUCGUUUUGUGUGCGUUUGUGUGCCGGCUGCACACAAACGCACACGGAAGCUGAUCGUGUCGUUAGUUCAGACUGUGCAUUACAGCACCUGUGGGGCGGCGGGGUGGGGGGGGCUGCUGCUUAAUAGCAUGUGCCUUGUCAUUCUGACUCCCUGCCGGGAAUGCUAGCUGUGGCAUCGUAGUACUAUCUAUCUCUCUCUAGUUAUUCAGUCACACUCUUUUCUCCCGAACUAUGUUUGCACUUUGCUUAGAAAUGGUCGAGGGUCUUGGGACAACCUGUUAGUUUUGGUGUUAUAGCUUUACAUAACAUAACAACAUGCCUGAAAAAUAUAAACAAUAUACUAAUCCACACCCUCGUUGCUUUUUAAUACCCUGUGACAUUAGUGUUUACAUUUUGUACGGUUUCUGUUACAUUCGCUGCUAACGCUGCCUUUGUGCAGUAACUAGUGAGGGAGGAAUGACUGUGUUUAUUUUUAGCUGCCUGUGUACAGGUUGUGGACAUCAGAAACGGGCUCCUAAGUUGUGGCUGCAGUGUCGAGAGCCUCCCAUCUUCACUUGUGUAAUCUCCGCCUAGUUAAUUGUCUCUCUGCACUGGUCGGCCAGCUCGACUUCAAACUGAAAACCCACGAGAGCAGUCCGACAGCCGCUUUCGGUGCAUGGCAGUGUUUACGGAUUUCCUAAAGAAUGACGGACUGAUCUGAGCAAUCAAGUGGCCUUCUUUGGUUCAGAUGCUGUGGUGUUUGAGGUGGAAACAUUCAACAAUCCUCAAACUUCUUUUACUCAUGUACAAGACCACCGUGUCGGCUCGUAACACUGACAUGGGGGAAGGAAUCUUUAGCCCAAUUAUAUUUCUAGUUAGGAUGUUUAAAAAAAAAAGAAGUGUUAUUUUCUCUAUGUAUAUGUAUAUGUAGCCCUAUGUGAGUUUUACAAAACGCUGGCAGCAUCGUUUCCCCACCUGUUUGCAUGUGUUUAUAUUAGUGAAUAGAAUGUGCAAGGCCAAACUGGUUUCAUCAGCAGCAUGUGUGCAAGGUUUAGCUUUGCUCAUGCUGAUAAAUGGUGACUGACUGAACAUGUUUAACUAUUUGGUUGUUUUCUCUUGGCAUCACUGUUUUUUUUUGAAAGUGUGUGAAUAGAGUUGUUUUUUGGUUGGUAGUGAACUAUGGCUUACAUUGGGGUUUAAAUACAUCCAACCACCGCUGUUCUGCAUUCGUUAAGAUUGAAACAACCCUUUAAAUCAGCCGCUUCGUCGACAUAGUAAAGGGAACCUCCUACGAUCACAAACUGUGCAUUAAAAACCACACUAAGGACAGUCCACCGUUUACCAAAGAGACUCUCCUUGUUUACUCUGGUCCCCUUUUUCUACCUUUUGAAUACAUGGCCUUUACAUCGGCGCGCCCCGGGUUGCUAUGGCAACUCCGGGUAACCUGCCCACUCCAGGCCCCAAUCGGCUAUUCACGGGCGGUGGGUCUCUCACAGAACGCACUGUCCAGACGAACCCCCCCGCCCCCCUUCACACAGACACGCACAAACACGUGUGGCUGAUAGCAGUGUGACUGUGUGCGUCUCUCACAGGGUAGAACAAAGAUACACGUUUCCGCUCUUCCACCGAUUUAUUCUAUUCUGUUUGGCUCUCGCUGCGCCACCACUUUUCAUCAACGGAGUAUGACGGUUUUGAAGUGUUUUGUAAUGACUGUAUUCUUGUGUAGUUUUUAUGUGAAUGGCUGUUAUUUUAAAAGCAAUAAAUGCAGAGAAAAAGAAAUCCAGAGGGUUUACUCUUUUACUCUUUGAAUACACACGUCGCUAGUAUUGCUUUGUGAUGACAGUUACAAUUUUUUUUUUAUAUAUGUUUAGAUCUCACAGAAGAACCAGUGCCAGUCAAAAAGUAAAAGGACUAAAUGUUCAUUUUGUUUAAAAAAACCCUUUGGACGCAGCGUCCGGUUUUGUUUUUCCGGGCGCAUGAUUUGAAUAAUGAAGUGUUUUCUUUGUUCU